AGAUUAGUUAUAUCUUACGAAUUAUAAUUUCGAUUCUUAUUUCCACUAUUCCUUUCCUUCUCUCGCAAUUCCUUUUCCCUAAAACAACACUACAAUAAUAUAAAGAAUAAGAAAAGGUUGGCAGUGUUGUUUUUGUUAUUUGUUCUGUAAAUGGCGACUGCGGCAGCGGCUGCUGCUCCCAACAAGGGUCAGGAACAAGGCAAACCGCAAAAAGGGGUUCAGUUGCCUUCUAAACCACUACCUCUUUCUCAAACUGCCGUACACAACGUCCUUCGCCGUGCGCCUCAUCGUCUUCCUCCGUGUGAUGUAGAAAGGUCCUCUCAGACUCCCAUGGCUUGUUCAUUUGAUGCGACAAAAUUAUGGGGAUGGUUAUUGGUAUCAAUUGGGUCUAUUUUCUUUGUUGGUUACUUCUUUCUCGCUCUUAUUUCAAAGCUUCUUCCUCCUUCCAACAUUCCACUCAUCUCUUCCUUUCAAAAUGACUGGUACUAUUGCUUCUUAGUGCCAUUGACUCUCCCUAUAAUUGUGGUUGCUGUGUACUUCCAUUGGCUCAGCAUGAAGAUGUUCAAACAUGCUUAACUUAUUUUCAUCUCAUUUUGAAAGAACUUAAUGUACUCUGUCCAAGCAACCACCGCAGCUAUUGCUGUUUUCUCGUUAGCUCUGCAGGACCAGCAUUCAUCUAACCAACUUUCGGAUCUGACUUUGUGCAUAUCCUUUGGUUCAUCCUGCCAUGAUUUAUGUGUUAUACGCGAUUGAUUGUUGAUAAAGAUUAUUUUUUGUUGAAAAUAUUGUUGAUAGAGAUUAUUAAUAUUUGUUUUACCUUUGAAUCUUGCAUGUAGCCUACCUUCAGGUCUCAUGUCUUGCACAAUUUCUAUUGAGAGUAGUUAUGUAUAUGAUGAACUCAGUCCUUCUAAAAUAAAGGGGUAUUUGAGUAAAUUAUUGAAUUAAACGCA